AUGUCAUCAAUUACUAAAUUUACAAAUUGUCAUUUAAUAGAUAAUGGAAAAUUAUAUCAAAAUACUGAUUUAUAUGUGGAUAAUAAAACUCAAAAAAUUAUACAUAAACCAUUAAAUUUUAACAAUAUUGAUAAUAUAAAAAUUAUAGAUUUAAAAGGUGAAAUAUUAGCUCCAGGUUUUAUAGAUAUUCAAAAUAAUGGAAUUUAUGGAUUAAAUUUUUCAAAUUUAAAUACAAAUUCAACUGAUGAAGAUAUAAAAGAAUUUAAAUUAUUUUAUAAAGAUGCUAUGAAAAAAUAUUUAUCAACUGGUGUUACAUCAUUAUGUCCAACUGUUACUUCAAAUUUUUCAGAUGUUUAUUUGAAAGUUUUACCAAUAUAUAAAAGAUCAAGAUUAAAUAAUCAAUGUGAUUCUUUAGGUGCUCAUUUAGAAGGUCCUUUUAUAAAUAAACAAAAAAAAGGUUGUCAUCCAGUUGAAACAUUUGUUGAUGCUAACCCUACAAUAGUAAAACCUGAAGAUAAAUUAUUAGAAAUUUAUGGUGGUGAAAAAAAUUUAUUAGAAAAUGUUUGUAUUAUUACUGCAGCUCCUGAAAUUCCUGGAGUUUUAGAAUUAAUUCCAUUUAUAACUCAAAAUACAAAUUGUGUUUAUGCAAUUGGUCAUACAAUGACUGAUUAUAAUACUGGUUUAAAAGCUAUAAAUAAUGGUUGUACAAUGAUUACUCAUUUAUAUAAUGCAAUGCCACAACCUCAUCAUAGAGAUGCAGGAGUUAUUGGUUUAAUAAAUACUCCAAAUGUUUCAGAAAAAAAUUUACCAUAUUUUGGAUUAAUUUGUGAUGGAGUUCAUGUAAAUCCUUCAAUGAUAAAUUUAGCUUAUAAAUCAAAUCCAGAAAAAUGUGUUUUAGUGACUGAUGCAAUGCAUUUAAUUGGUUUACCAGAUGGUUCAUAUAAAUGGGAUGAUCAAAUUAUUGUUAAAACUGGUGAUAAAUUAUAUUUAAAAGAUACAACUACAUUAGCUGGUGCAUCAACUACUUUACCUCAAUGUAUUAGAAAUUUAAUGAAAUGGUCAAAUAUAACAUUACCAGAAGCUGUUAAAACUUGUACAAAUAAUGCUGCUAAAUCAAUUGGUUUAGAAAAAGAAAAAGGUUUUUUAAAUGUUGGUUGUGAUGCUGAUUUUGUUGUAUUAGAUCAUAAUGGUUAUGUUACAAGAGUUUUUAAAUUAGGUAAUGAAUUUAAAUCUUCUGAUAUUAAUGAAGAUAUUGAAUAUCAAAUUGAAACAGAAAAAAGUAAUAACAAGCAUAAUAAUAGUAGCAGAAUUUCAGCUGUUUUAUAG